UGAACGGCAGCCGUGGAGAGAGACACACACACACACACAGUGAGGAGGAAAAGCAAGAAAAACAAAGAGUCAGGAGAUAAAGAAAAGUCGAUUAAAAACAGAUUGAGAGAAGGCUCCGGACGAGCUGCGCAUCAAAGCAGGGACCUUAAACCGGGGACCGUAUUGGAGACCAGCGCUAACGAACCGGAGGCGGAAUAUAACGGUGAUCCAGAGCUCCUCGGCCCUCCUGAGGAUUCAAAGAGACAGGCGGACCAUGGCCUUCCCAUCAGCCCCCUCCACAUUGUGGAGUGUCAGCUUAUUGACAGUACUAUUCGCAGCUGCGGUCCACAGCAACAUUAUCGAUGACGACGACCCCAUGCAGCCGGUGACCUCUGAUGAAACGGUGUCCGUGGGGGGGACGGUGACACUGACCUGCCGAGUGGCCGAGAGCGAUAACUCCUCUCUGCAGUGGUCCAACACCGCUCAGCAGACCCUGUACUUCGGAGCGAAGAGAGCGCUCAGAGAUAACCGCAUCCAGCUGCAUUUCUCCUCUUCCACCGAGCUCUCCAUCGACAUCGGAGAGGUACAGCUGUCGGACGAGGGCGAGUACACCUGCUCCCUCUUCACCAUGCCCGUCCGCACCGCCCGAGCUACAGUCACCGUGCUAGGUGUGCCCGGCAAACCUCAGAUCUCGGGCUUUGAGAAUGCAGUGCCGGAGGGGGGCACAGUCACCCUGACCUGCACCAGUACAGGCAGCAAACCCGCCGCCCGUUUGCGCUGGUACCGAGGAGACCAGGAGCUGGAAGGACAUACAGAGUUGGUGGAGUCCAUUCCAGACGAACCCACAUCCAACGUGAGCAGCAAGCUCACCCUGGAGGUGAGCCGCGGGGAUGACAACGACCUCAUCAUCUGCGCCGUGGACCAUCCCUCUCUGGCCCCCGGAGACAAGAGGAGCGAGCAGACUCUGCGGGUGUUGUAUUCCCCAGACGUGCAGAUCCUGCCUGAGAGCAAUCUGCCCAGAGAGGGAGAGAGGUUUUAUCUCCAGUGUUUGGGCAACGGCAACCCUGAGCCAUCCAGUUAUUUUAGCCGGUGGGAUAAGAAGGACGAAGUGCUCCCCCCACAGGCCAAAGUGGAUGGUGCUUACCUGCGCUUCGAGAGUCUCAACAAAUCAGACAAUGGCGUCUACCUCUGCUAACGCUGACAACGGCAUAGGGAACAGCCAGGGGAGUACACUCUCCUGGUGCAAGAUGCAGCAGAGAACAUUCCAGACCCCACAGCCAUGUCGACGUCCUCGGGGGUGGACCACGCCGUGAUCGGAGGGGUGGUGGCCGUUAUCGUCUUCAUCCUGCUCUGCCUCCUCAUCGUCCUCGGCAGAUACCUCAUCAGACACAAAGGAACGUAUCUGACCCACGAGGCAAAGGGCUCGGACGACGCCCCCGACGCUGACACAGCCAUCAUCAACGCCGAGGGAGGCCACUCCGGAGCAGAGGACAAAAAGGAGUACUUCAUCUAGACAGAGGACGGAGGAGGAGGAGGAGGAGGAGGAGGAGGAAAAUCUGGAGGACGUGGAUUAGAGGAGAGGGCAGGAGUGGAAAAAAAAAACCUCCAUUUGUUUUCACGACGCUUCUGUUCUUCACUCUGUUGGAGGGAGGAUGGGAGGGGAAGAACUGUGGGCGGGAUGAGUUUCAACUGGUACUACCCUCUUUGCAUUGAUACAGGGAAGUGAGUAUUUGCACUGACACACGGACGAACUGAAGAUACACACUCGAACCACACACACACACAUACAUGAGUCGGUUUUGGUUGGAAAACUCUUCUCACACGGACUUGAAUGCUCGUAGAUUAACACACGGGAGCCUCCUACUGUACUAACACAUCAUUUCUAACACGGUCAGCGCCGCGAAAAAGCAAAAUUGUAACUCACAUUCCCAACAUCCAUACCCGUCUCCUACACAUUUAAACACCUUCUGUCCUCAUUCCUUCCAUCUAACAAGCCCUCUGUGAACAUCCAGAGAAAUGCACUCAAGGUGAAAUGAUUCAAGCAUAAUCUCCCUCUCUCACAGUUUAAUCUUUUCACGCCAUCAAACCCCCUUCCCGCAUCUUCACAAACCCCGUUGGGUUUCCCACAGCGCCAGCACCAUGCAACACUCAUGCAAAAACAGCAUUCCCACCUUGCGCUACCAAGCCAAGGGGCUCCAGUAUACAUAUAUAAAUAUAUAUAUAUAGAAUUAUAUAGCAUUCUUUUUACUUGACAGAAAUGUUUGGUGUGCUGUAAAUACACUCUUUCUCUCUUCUCCUUCUAUCCCUCUUCUCUCUCGCUCUAAAUCUCCUGUAUCUCAUACGGUCUGUUACUGCAGUACAGUAACUUAUAUACUCAAACAAAAGCCUGCCUGUUUUUAUUACAUGCGUGGAAAUGCAAAGUCAAAACUAUCAAUAUCUGGGGGAAAAAAUAAAUAAACAUAACGAUGUUGCGAUGUAAACUAACCUUAACUGCAAAUCUUUGUAUGAGGAAUUUUCCUUCAUUAUUUUUCUUUUAUUCAGUUUAGUUUUUUGGGGACUUAUGAGAGUUGUUGUCUCUCGUCAGUGUCUCGUGUGUUACUGUCAGUGUUAACGGUUUACAGUGUCUUUCGAUGUGUCAGUCCAGGAGUCCAAUCAUCGAACCAUUUCGAUUUUUCACGAUUGUACUUUUACUUUCCUUGCUGUGCGCCAUUUUCUCCCUGUGUUGUCGGCCCUCUGCUCCCAAACACUGAACUGUAGCAAAACCUCGCUUCGAAAGGUGUCAAAGUGUUGGGCGGAGUUUACCCGGAGCAUCACGUGGCCCCCCCGCUGUGGUCUUCCUUUCACUUGGCCCCUCUCCUCCACCCUCCCUCCCUCUGCAGCAGACUUCUUGGGUUGUCUUGCCUUCCUGGCGCUAAACUCAUUGAGUCGUGACUUCCUCUAAAAAAUCUGGCAGUGUCUUGCUUAAGGGGAGUUUGAAAUACUUGCAUUUCCACCACGGGGCCAAACAGGACUGCCGACAUGCAUUACGACAAACAUGAAAAACCCUUUCUGUUAUUGUUUCUUCCAAGCAGGAGUCAUUCGCCCAGCUUAGCAAAAGCUUCCCUUAAAUGAGCAGUGUUUUAUGAAGGUUGGAAGUUUGCGUUGGCGCUGGCCGGCUCCACUUGGCCCGGUCGUGGAAAUUGAUUGCAAUCUAACUAAGAGGCUCUGAGCUCCAGACUGAAUCCAUGCCAAGGUUUGGCUCGGUGGGCUGCGCUAACGCUGAAGAAAGUCACUUAGGAAACGUAAAUGUCCCCUUCUCUUUUUUCCCAUCCGCUCCACUCGUCCAUUCCUUUUCAUUCUUUAAUCAAUCAUCUCGUCUGCGUCCUGAUCCACCUUCACCCGCUCUCUCCUCAUCACUCCUCGCCCCCCCCCCCCCCCCCCCUCCAUCUCCAUCUCUAAACGAUGUCCUUGCUGGUCUCUCUUUAGGAGUCCAUAGACGUACAGUAGAAGUAGCGUCUCUCGGUUUGCUGGCGUGCGCUCAUGGCUCUCUGCAUCACUUUUCUUAGCUGGUGUUUUGGAGAGGAAUCCAUUUGCUGUUGUCAGUCUACCUGUAGACAGCUUUGUCCUAUGUUAGAUUUUUGUACAACCUUUUUUGGGAACGUUCAGGGAUUGUGCUUUUCCCUGCAUUGUCGUUAUCCUAGCUGCUUUGAAAGCGUGGCUAGUCAAUCUAUAAGCUAGCUAUACCACAAAGGGUUAUGUGAGCUGAAGCAGGGUCAGCUGAUGUGUUUGUUUUUCUUUUUAAAGCUCUUAUUUGUAUUUGGGGAUGUUGUAGUGAACGUGGCUUUAACUGUGUUCUCUGAAGACUGUUUGGAGGGGCAACUUUAAACAGAUUCCGAACACUGUUUAACUCAUGUUGAACCCUAACCCUUCAACUUUUACCUGCAAUCAUGUCUGCAGACCAGAGGAUAAGCUUUGUCUCACGGAGCUUUACUGUCCACUUUGAAGAGUAACCCCUUGAUUUGUAUUUAUCUCCCCCAGUCUAAUUCUGCUCUGUGAAUGGAUAAAAGGAAUACCUGCCUCAUACUCAAACAAAGUGUAGUGUCUUUUCAAAACUAAUGGACCUGUAUUUGCCUGUAACUUAUCGUCCUGUCCGUCUUAGUUAAUGUGCUAGCAUGUAGCUUGCAUGAGAAAAAGGUUGUAGAUAGUGUUGGAGACAAGAAGUGCCGACAAGCAUCUCUCCCGAGACGAGUGGCAGGCUGACCUCACUGCUGGUCUCUGAUCUGCAAACAUACGCCGAGUCCCGGUCGCACACAUCUGUACAACGAGGAAGUAUGACUCAUUCUUAGAGGUUGAAUGGCGUAGACUUGGGACGUGCAGAUUCAUAUUUCACGGCGUCAGUGCAGUAAUGACCUGCUGUCACCAGAUGCCGGCAAACAGCAGCUUCUCUAAAUCAGUCAGACCAAUAUCUCCUGCCCCCCCCCCCACCCCACCCCACCCCCUCUCACCAUCCUCUCCAGGCAGGCAGUCGCACACUAGCUGCCAGUCAUCUUUUUUAUUUUUGUAGUACGGACAUUUUUAAAUUAUGUUUUCUAAAAAAGGUGCAUAAUCUUAAAUUGUUUUCUUUUCAGUUGGAUUGAUAAUCAUUUUUUUGAAUUUUAGUUUUUACCCCCGAAAUCUUGGGUGUUAGUUUUCGCAUUUUAUUGUUUCAACAACCAUUUUUAUUAUAAUUUCAUGUAUAUAGUGUUGCCUUUACUGGAUACUCUUACAAGCGCACCCAUACACACUUUUCACUUUGGGUACAUGCACAUCCACACACAUAUCUGGAUAUGCACGGCAGGCAUGAUGUCUGUGACUGUGUUUGUGCAUUAUGUGUGUGUAUGUGUGUUUGUGUAUGAGUGUGAGGUGUGUUCGACCCAAACAGACUCCGGAGACACUCCUACGUGCGAUGCAUUCACAAAAAUGUUAUUAUUUCGAUGACUAAAACAGCGUCUUUGUUUUUAGGGCGUAUAAUUUUGGGUGACAAGUCUUCCUUUUGAAUAAAUAUCCAUAUCACAUGGGAAUAGUGCUGUCAUGUAUGUUAAUUUGUACUAUGGCUGAUGAUGUCAUCAAGACGAGACCCAACCGCAUGCUGUGGUGGGCCUGCGUCUGUUGGGUGUUCAUACAGUAUUUGUUUUAUUUGUUUUUUUGUUAAAAUACCAGUUCAGUUGUUGACUUCAAUAAACAUGCAUUUGGGUUAAUUUCA